UUUUUUUUUGCUUGGUUUACUCACAGGAGUUGGAUUACCCCGUAGAUCCCUGUGCUUUGCCACCUUUGCGAAAUCCAGACAUUCUUGUUGGAGAAAAUGAUCUCACAGCCCUUAGCUACCUCCAUGAGCCGGCCGUGCUGCACAAUCUCAGAGUCCGCUUUGUGGAGUCCAAGCUGAUAUAUACCUAUAGCGGGAUAAUUUUGGUUGCCAUGAACCCUUACAAACAGCUGCCAAUUUAUGGGGAUGCCAUUAUUCAUGCGUACAAUGGUCAGAAUAUGGGGGAUAUGGAUCCCCAUAUCUUCGCGGUAGCAGAAGAGGCCUACAAGCAGAUGGCGAGGAACAACCGAAAUCAAUCUAUUAUCGUAAGUGGAGAAUCAGGAGCUGGAAAAACAGUUUCUGCUCGAUAUGCCAUGAGAUAUUUUGCGACAGUCAGCAAGUCUAGCAGCAAUGCUGAAGUUGAGGACAAAGUGUUGGCGUGCAAUCCGAUAACAGAGGCGAUUGGAAACGCUAAAACUACCCGGAACGACAACAGCAGUCGCUUUGGAAAAUACACAGAAAUCAGUUUUGAUAAGAAGUACCAGAUCAUUGGGGCAAAUAUGAGAACGUACCUGCUUGAGAAAUCCAGAGUUGUUUUUCAGUCAGAAAAUGAAAGAAAUUACCACAUAUUCUAUCAGUUAUGUGCAUCAGCUAAGAGACCAGAAUUUAAACAUCUUCAGCUGGCAAAUGCUGAAGAAUUUAAUUAUACUAACAUGGGUAGAAACACUGUAAUUGAAGGAGUGAACGACUUGGCCAGUAUGAAGGAGACUCAAAAUACAUUCAACCUGCUAGGCCUUAAGGAAGAUUUCCAGAUGGAUGUUUUUAAAAUACUCUCUGCUAUUCUUCAUUUAGGCAAUGUGCAGAUCAGUUCUGUUGGUGAUGAAAAAUCUUCUGUUAAUGUGGACGACAAACAUCUUAAUAUAUUUUGUGAACUCCUGGGGGUAGACAGUGAUAAAAUGGCUCAGUGGCUUUGUCACAGGAAAAUUAUUACUACCUCUGAAACUGUAGUAAAGCCAAUGACAAAACUCCAAGCCCUGAAUGCACGGGAUGCUUUGGCCAAGAAGAUCUAUUCCCAUCUUUUUGAUUUCAUUGUGGGAAGACUCAACAAGGCAUUGCAAUUUUCAGGCAAACAACAUACCUUUAUUGGUGUUCUGGACAUCUAUGGAUUUGAAACUUUUGAUUUGAAUAGCUUUGAACAAUUUUGCAUCAAUUAUGCCAAUGAAAAACUACAGCAACAAUUUAACCUGCACGUCUUUAAACUCGAACAAGAAGAAUAUAUGAAAGAAAACAUCCCAUGGACAUUAAUUGAUUUUUACGACAAUCAGCUUGUCAUUGACCUUAUUGAAGCUCAAAUGGGCAUUCUAGAGCUUUUGGAUGAAGAGUGCCUGCUACUUCAAGGAACUGAUGAAAAUUGGCUCCAGAAAUUAUAUAAUAAUUUUAUAAACAAGAACCCUCUCUUUGAAAAGCCAAGAAUGUCAAAUACUUCUUUUAUAAUCCAGCACUUUGCUGAUAAGGUAGAAUAUAAAAGUGAAGGAUUUCUGGAAAAAAACCGAGACACUGUUUAUGAAGUACUGAUUGAAAUCUUGAGAAACAGUAAGUUUCAUCUGUUUGCAACCUUCUUCCAAGAUGGUCCAGUCCCUCUUUCCCCAUUCCAUUCAGCAAUCAAAGUUAAGUCUGCAAAAACAGUGAUUGCGGCGCCUAACAAACAGUUCCGUACGACUGUUGGAAGUAAGUUCCGCAGUUCCUUAUAUUUAUUAAUGGAGACCCUUAAUGCGACCACACCACAUUAUGUCCGGUGCAUAAAGCCAAAUGAUCAAAAGUUAGCAUUUGAGUUUGAUUCCAAAAGAGUGGUCCAGCAGUUACGAGCAUGUGGGGUGUUAGAAACAAUUCGUAUUAGCUCUCAGAGCUACCCAUCAAGAUGGACUUAUAUUGAGUUUUACAGCCGUUACCACAUUCUCAUGUCUCAAUAUGAACUUUCUCUCACGGACAAGAAACAAAUUUGCAAGAUGGUUUUGCAGCGGCUAAUCCAGGAUCCAAGCCAGUAUCAGUUUGGCAGAACAAAGAUUUUUUUCAGAGCGGGGCAGGUUGCUUAUUUGGAAAAGGUGCGGUCAGACCAACUGAGGCAAGCAUGCAUUAUGGUUCAGAAGAAUAUCCGAGGCUGGCUCCAGAGGAAGAAAUUCCUCCGCGUCAGACAAGCAGCAGUCAUCAUACAACAAUACUUCCGAGGACAGAGGACUGUACGGAAAGCUAUAACUGCCAGGGCCCUAAAGGAAACCUGGGCUGCCAUAGUUAUCCAGAAAUACAGCCGAGGAUACUUAGUGCGUAAACUCUGCCAGCUUAUCCGUGUGGCUGCUUUGACGAUCCAAGCCUUUGCCCGGGGAUUUCUAGCAAGGAAGAACUACAGAAAGAUGCUUGAAGAACAGAAAGCUUUAAUUCUGCAGAAAUACGCACGAGCAUGGCUGGCAAGACGCCGAUUCCAGAGCAUUCGCCGUUUUGUCCUGAACAUCCAGCUUUCCUACAGGGUCCAGAGACUGCAGAAAAGACUGGAAGAACAGAAUAAGGAAAAUCAUACUUUGUUGGAAAGGCUGACCAUCCUUGCUUCAAAUCACUCCAGUGAUAUAGAGACAAUUCAAAGACUUCAACAGGAUCUUGAAAAAUUAACUGUGCAGAGAAAAAUAUCUGAAGAAAACGAAAAGAAGUACAGGAUUGGCUAUGAACAGAGGGUCUCAGCACUUGAAAACCACAACUCAGGGCUGCAAGAACAGAAGAAGAAGUUGGAAAAAGAAAUCCAAGCGAAAACAGAGGAAAUGAAAGAUAAAAUGGAUAAUUUGACGAAGCAGCUGUUCUCUGACGUUCAAAGAGAGGAGAGGCAGCGAAUAACACUUGAGAAAAAGUUCCAGAGCCAGAAACAAGAUUAUGAAAAAAAGAUAGAGUCCCUCAAUGCAGAAAUAAUAUUGCUCAAAGAGGAAAACACCCAGCUGCAAAAUCAGGUUCAGGAAAUGCAACAAAUUCAGGAUGACCUGAAAACAGAAAUAGAGGAACUUACAAAUCAAAUAAAGACAAUCUCGGAAUUGCGAAAAGAAAUAGACUUCCUUCAGAUUCAAAAACUGGAUGCGGAGAAGCAACUACAGUACCAGAAGCGUGAAAUGAGAGAGAAGAUGUCCGACAUUACAAAGCAACUCUCAGAAAGCUAUGACUUUACAUACAUGAGAAGCAGAUUGUCUGCUGAAGACUUGGAACAUUUAAAUGAAGAUGGUGAACUCUGGUUUGCUUAUGAAGGCCUGAAAAAAGCCACACGAGUUUUGGAAAGACAUUUCCAGGAUCAGAAAGAGAGCUAUGAAAGGGAGAUAGAAGAGCUGAAUUCUAAAGUAAACCAUUUUAGUCAAGAAGUCACCCACCUACAGAAACUCUUCAGAGAAGAAAAUGACACUAACGAAAGUAUUCGUCUCCAGGUUGCCAGGCUAACCUCAGAAAAUAUGAUGAUGCCCAGUCUUAAGCUGCAGGUUUCUGAACUUCAGAAGCAGAAGUUGGAUCUUGAGAAUCGUCUUCAAGAUGAACUUGCAAAGAAUAACGAGAAAAUGGAAGGCAUGAAAGAUUGGUCACAUCAAAGCCCAGAUGAGGAGGGGACACAAAAACAAGCCCUGCCACUUCGAAAGGAAAUGUAUACUAAAGGAAAGAUGAUACCCACUUUUCUAGAGUUUCCGAGGGACAAUGAUCAUCUGGAGAAAGAGCCUGAAAGGGCAAAUGGGACUGGAAGCAAAAUAUGGCAGGAUGUGGUGUCCCUUACCAUGGAAAACACAGAUCUAGAAGAAGAGCUGGAUAAGAAGGACAGAUUGAUAAAGAAACUUCAGGAUCAGAUCAGGACCCUUAGAAAGUCAAUUGAAACGGUCAGUGAAGAGUCCCUAUCUUCUGUGCUGAGAGAAUACAUGGGAAUGUUGCAGUACAGAAAGGAGGAUGAAGCAAAAAUUGUUCAAAAUCUGAUCCUUGAUCUGAAACCCCGUGGAGUAGUAGUAAAUAUGAUUCCUGGCCUCCCAGCUCAUAUCCUCUUUAUGUGCAUAAGAUAUGCAGAUUAUGUGAACGAUGACAGCAUGCUGAAAUCCUUUAUGAACAUGGCAAUCAGUAGCAUAAAACAAGUCAUUAAGGAACACGCUGAAGACUUUGAGAUGUUAUCUUUCUGGCUUUCCAAUACGUGCCAUUUUCUUAACUGUCUGAAACAGUACAGUGGGGAAGAGGAAUUCAUGAAGCAUAACACACCUCAACAAAAUAAGAACAAUCUGAUACACUUUGAUCUGUCGGAAUAUAGGCAGGUUCUUAGUGAUCUGGCUAUUCGUGUAUAUCAUCAGUUUAUCAUUGUGAUGGAGAACAAUAUUCAGCCAAUGAUAGUGCCAGGAAUGCUGGAAUAUGAAAGUCUCCAGGGGAUUUCUGGCUUAAAACCAACCGGAUUUCGCAAGCGCUCUUCUAGCAUAGAUGACACAGAUGCUUACACUAUGACCUCCAUCUUGCAACAGCUCAGCUAUUUUUACACCACCAUGUGUCAGAAUGGCUUAGACCCAGAGCUUUUAAAGCAGGCAGUGAGGCAGCUUUUCUUCCUGAUUGGAGCAGUUACCCUUAAUAGUCUCUUCCUCCGCAAGGACAUGUGCUCUUGCAGAAAAGGAAUGCAAAUAAGGUGCAACAUCAGCUACCUAGAAGAAUGGCUGAAGGAAAAGAAUCUGCAGAGCAGUUCUGCAAAGGAGACUUUAGAGCCUCUUUCACAAGCCGCUUGGCUCCUUCAGGUCAAAAAGGUCACAGAGGAAGACGCCAAAGAGAUCUCGGAGCGCUGCACAACCCUCUCGGCUGUGCAGAUAGUAAAAAUCCUCAAUUCCUACACUCCCAUUGACGAUUUUGAGAAAAGGAUAGCUCCAUCCUUUGUUCGUAAAGUCCAGGCGAUGCUGAACAAUAGACAGAAUUCGGCACAAUUGAUGCUUGAUACAAAAUACCUCUUUCAAGUAACAUUUCCUUUUACACCUUCACCACAUCCACUGGAAAUGAUAGAAAUCCCCAGCAGUUUCAGACUUGGCUUUCUCACUAGAAUAUAGCUACAAUAAUUAAUGGAUUAUAAAUUCACUCUUUCUUGAAGAGCAGGUGCAUACUUCCAGUUAUGGCUUCCACCCUGACUGUAAAGCUUCUUGAAGUGGGCAUUAAUGUUGGACUUCAGAAUGUAGAAAUGGAAUUUUGCAUAUUUUGUUUUCCUCUCUUUAAAUCAGUGUUUCUCAAACUUGGCAAAUUUAAAAUAUGUGGACUUCAACUCCCAGAAUUCUGGCCAGCUGGAGAAUUCUGGGAGUUGAAGUCCACACAUCUUAAAGUUGCCAGGGUUGAGAAGCACUGCUCUAGAUUCCUCCGUAUUGUAUCAUGGACCUCAUUUUAAUUUACAGAUGCUCAGGUUUAAAUCUAGACAUACUUCAGACCAGAGUUGGUUGGUGAUCCCUUCAGAUCCUAAACUUUUUCUGUAAUGAAGGACUAAUGAAGAGCUUCUUUUAACCCUGCAGUACUUGAAAUGCUGUUUGUAGAGUUGCAUCUUUGUAAAUAUAUGGUCAAGAAAGUA